AUGGCAACACGCAUGCAAACAGACACUCCAACAGGUUCUCAAGAUGGUAUUAGCUCAAACAUAGAUCGAUGGACACACAUAAAUAAACUUUUGAAUCGUCGUGGACCCUUUUGCGACGAAAGCUUUGCGCCUGGUCAAGGAAAAGAUAGCUUGGACACCUGUAAAAUUCUGGUAAUCGGUGCUGGUGGCUUGGGCUGUGAAAUACUGAAAAAUCUUGCUCUCUCUGGAUUCAAAAAUAUUCACGUAAUCGAUAUGGACACAAUUGAUGUGUCAAAUUUAAAUCGACAAUUUUUAUUUAGACCUUCUGAUGUCGGACGUCCGAAGGCUAUUGUUGCGGCCGAAUUUGUGAUGAAGCGCGUCUCCGGUGUAACGGUAACUCCUUAUCAUGGCAAAAUUCAAGAUAAAGACGCAGAUUAUUACUCACAAUUUCAGAUUGUGAUAUGUGGACUGGACUCUGUGGAAGCAAGACGUUGGAUGAAUGCUACUAUAGUUGAAAUCUCACGAGACAACGAAGAGAUAAUACCGUUAAUUGAUGGAGGCACUGAAGGUUUUAAGGGUCAAGCGCGUGUCAUCAUCCCAACGCUUACCUCGUGUUACGAGUGCUCGCUUGACAUGUUGAAUAAACCAACCACUUUUCCGAUUUGUACGAUUGCAAAUACGCCACGUCUGCCGGAACAUUAUCAGAAACUUGAUACUGAUGAACCGCAGCAUAUUCAAUGGGUUUAUGAAGCUGCCACUACAAGAGCAAAGCAGUUCAAUAUAACAGGUGUUACGUAUACUCUCACGCAGGGUGUUGUUAAGAAUAUUAUUCCGGCUAUUGCUUCAACAAAUGCUAUAAUUGCUGCUGCGUGCUGUAAUGAAGCAUUCAAACUUGCCACCACUACUGCACCAUAUCUAAAUAACUACAUGAUGUACACCGGUAACGAGGGAAUCUAUACAUACACUUUCGAACACCAAAAGAAACUCGAAUGUCCUGUUUGCUCCGACGAGAACAUUCCAGUCGCUGUGGAGGUGAAAAAAGAUAUAUUGUUAGAAGAGUUUAUUGAUUGGCUAAAAGAAAAACCUGAGGCCCAACUCAAGAGACCGAGUCUAUCGACAGCCUCAAAGAAACUAUACCUACAAGCGCCACCACCCUUAGAAAAGAGCACACGGCCGAAUCUCGAAAAGAAAUUACGAGAGUUAGUCGGUGAAGGGGAGGAGAUUGUUAUCACCGACACAACAUUGCCCUUCUCGCUAAGAUUGCUUGUUAAUUAUGUGUAG